AUGUUCCUACCGUUGAUACUCGCUCUCCCACUUGUGGUGGCCCAGGCCACCUCCACUGCGACUGCCAGCGCCGCCACAACUUCCGGCGCCACUUCGACAACUGUCGGCACCGUCAACGGAUCGAACAAUGCCUCGAUGACCUCGUCUGGGCCGAGUGCCGCCCAGUCAUCAUACCAGCCCGUCGAGGACGUGUCUUUCAAGUUCGCUUGGCGGACCCUCCUUGACCUUCCGUACAACGAGUCGCGGGCCCUGGGCAAGACAAACAUCACGUUCCCCGGCACCAAGUCGUAUUGGGUGCGGCUGGAGCCCAACGUCGUCAAGUUUAGCAAGAAGAUGUCUAGCCUCGACCCGACACACGAUGAGAGGUCUCCUCCAUGGGGUUGGCUGUGGUUGUCUGGUUUGGUAAACAGUUCCACAAACGCGAGCAUGUUCAAUUUCGGGGUAGAUGUCACUGCUGACUUGGGUGACACCCUCAAUGUCCGAGCCUGGGAGAGCAACAAGUCGGUCUUCAACUGGAAUCUCUAA